AUGGCGGGAAAAGAAGAAGCAGUACCUUUCUCUUCUCCUCUUUUGAAACCGAAAAUGGAAGAUUCUGGAGGCUCUCAGAUUUGUUGGAGAAAGCAAGUCGACGAGAACCUGAAACGGCUCCACUCGCUCCAAUUCGGAGCAGAUUUAGCUCUCGAGAAGCGCGAUUUCUCAGCUGCUCGUGUACUCUUGCUUCGGCUUCUCGGCUUUCUCGACUCGCAUUCUCUUUCUGAUGCCGAUGAGGCUCUCACUCGGCCUAUACGGCGCGACGCCGUCUCCAAGCUCGAAUCCGCUCGCCGAUCUCUUGCUCCUGAAUCUGAUCGCCGAGCAUUUGAGCAAGCAGGUAGAGCUCCUGGCCAGGUUUUUAGCAGAAAAGGAGAUUUUGACAUUGAGAAGAUUAAGCAGUCAAAGUACUUUCGUGCUCUUCUUCAGAAAUAUAAUAUAAAGCUUUCAAACAAAUUGGAUGACAGAUUGGAUAGGCAGGAUAAAUUGAGCUGCAGGACAUCAAAGUUUAUGACACAAGCAAAGUUGGCAUCCCUGUAUGGAAACAACACUUCAAAAGCAAAUAAUGGCUUCGAUAAGAGUCUAUUGAACUCCAAAAGUAAUAUCUCUGAGGACUGCACGAUUAUAGAAAGGCCUCAUUCACGUAACAACCAUCCUAAAGGCAGUCUCUCUACUUUUUUAAAACUUCAAGAGGAAGAAAGAGGAUAUGGAAAUGCUGUGGGUUCUAAACGGUCACACGUGGAAAUCAGCAGCCCUAGAAAUGACAACGCAAAUUCACCAACAAAUAAUGAAGAAAAUAACACUGAUGUUUCUGGCAAUGGAUUUGUUACUGCAAGAGCUAAACUGGAAAUGGAUGCAAAGCAAAGACGAGGAUUGGCAGGAUCACCAAGUGCAUCUGUCUCCCCACAACCACAAAGUGAUAGCACAAACAGAGGUUAUGGUGCGAGAUCAUAUGGGAUUUCACGCCGUGGUGUUCGAGGCAAUUUUAUUCCUCCCAUAAAAUCUAAUGGGGGCAAUACUGGAAAUAUGACUACACGAGUUGCUGGAAAGAGUGAUGAUGCAUUGGAUGACUCAACAAAGAGAUGUUUGGAAAUGCUAUGUGGUCCUGAUGGUGAGCUUCCUGAAAAGUUGAGGAAUUUGGAACCUCGUCUCAUUGAGCAUAUUAGUAAUGAGAUUAUGGAUCGAGAUCCAAAUGUUCGGUGGGAUGAUAUAGCUGGCUUGGAACAUGCUAAAAAAUGUGUGACUGAGAUGGUUAUAUGGCCUUUGUUACGUCCUGAUAUAUUCAAAGGGUGCCGCUCUCCAGGAAGAGGUCUUCUUCUCUUUGGUCCACCGGUAGGGAAAACAAUGAUUGGGAAAGCGAUAGCUGGAGAGGCAAAAGCAACCUUCUUCUACAUUUCUGCCAGUUCAUUAACUAGCAAGUGGAUUGGGGAGGGUGAAAAGUUAGUAAGGGCGUUAUUUGGUGUUGCCAGUUGUCGUCAGCCUGCUGUAAUUUUUGUUGAUGAAAUAGACUCACUUCUGUCUCAGCGUAAGUCAGAAGGUGAACAUGAAUCAAGUAGACGACUGAAAACACAGUUCCUCAUUGAAAUGGAAGGCUUUGACAGUGGUAGUGAGCAAAUUCUACUUAUAGGAGCAACAAAUCGACCCCAAGAACUGGAUGAAGCAGCGCGUAGACGACUUACUAAAAGACUUUACAUCCCCUUGCCUUCGUCAGAAGCAAGAGCCUGGAUUGUACGUAAUGUCUUAGAGAAGGAUGGACUAUUCAAGCUUUCGAAGGAUGAAAUUGAUAUCAUAUGUAGUUUGACUGCAGGAUACUCAGGAUCAGACAUGAAAAACUUAGUGAAGGAUGCAUCUAUGGGUCCACUGAGAGAAGCUCUCAGACAGGGCAUAGAAAUUACCAAGCUGAAAAAGGAGGAUAUGCGCUCGGUUACUCUUCAGCCAAAUGCUCCUGGUUCACUAAAAGUAAAAUCAACUGACGAAAAGGAUAGAGAGAAAACAAGGUAUGCCCUCACCGUUGAGGUGUCUGCUUCUUACUCGUUGAGGAAAUCACUUAUUGGGACCCAUGUGAUGGAGCCUGGUGAGUUUAAACCGAUCAUUGAUUGA